AUGUCCGCAUCCGACAAGCCAGUUUUUGUUUUCGUGCCUGGUGCAUGGCACACAGCCGACACAUUCGAUGUCGUCCGACAACUGAUGCUCAGCCGCGGGCUGGCGAGUGAGGCGAUCGCUUUGCCUUCCGUUGGCGGACCUCUUGAAAAGGGUCUGCAUGCAGACAUCGAAUACUCCAAAGAGAUUCUCCGAGAGAUGGCCGACGCCGGGCGCCAUAUCGUGGUUGUGAACCAUUCAUACGGUGGAAUGGUCGGAUCGGGCGCUGUGGAGGGACUUGGAUUCAAACAGCGUGCCGAGGCCGGUCUGCCUGGCGGUGUUAUCAUGGUAGUUUGGAUGGCGGCUUUUGUGACUCCUAAAGGUCAGACUGUGUUGGAUCAAUUGGGUGGAGACUGGCUCCCAUGGAUGAUAAUUAAGAACCCCGAUGACGGAUAUUGCUGGUCCUCCAGCGCCGAGAAGAUAUUCUACCACGACAUGUCACCAGAAGCGCAGCAAGAGGCAAUUGCCAAGCUUCGACCACAGCCGCAGAAGUCAUUCAAUGAGCCUGCUGUGCACGAGCCGUGGCACGAGAUGCCCAGCAUGUUCUUGUUCUGCGAUCAAGAUCAGGCUCUUCCAUUGGUGGUUCAGGAGAACAUUGCCAAGAACCUGGUGAACCCAGUGACUUACCACGUCGAUGGAUCUCAUUCUGCCUUCUUGAGCGUCCCAGAGCAGGUCAUCGAUGGCUUGGAGCUUGCUUUGAAAGAGGGUCAACAGCAAAGCGGUAUUCUUGUGAAUUAG